GAGAGAGAGCGAGAGAGAGAGAGAGAGAGAGAGAGAGAGAGAGAGAGAGAGAGAGAGAGAGAGAGAGAGAGAGAGAGAGAGAGAGAGAGAGAGAGAGCAGGACACUGAGGCUGGGGCAAAAAAAAUAGGUCCAGCAUUUUAAAGACUGUGUGAUGAACUUUCAAAAAGGUCAGAAAGAACAACGGGAGAGACUAAACAAAGCGUCAACGCCGUCUGUGGCCAGCUGAACUCAUGAAUACACUCAUAGUGGGAUGUGUUUCACAUCUGAAUGUUGAAAACUUAUGAAAAAUUUAUAUUAAAAAUUAAACUUAAGAAUGCAGAGUGGCUUUUGUUGGUGUUUAUGUUUGUUUAUAUACAUUCGCGGACAAUUUGGAACUUUUUCUUUUUAUAGAAGCAAAAACAAGUUUUCAAUUUAGUAUUUCUUUAAACUUUUUGACUUCUUGGUCAAAUUGAAGUAUUUUUUUUACUUUGAAACUUUACAGCAGUACUUUUUUUUGUGAAAACUGGAGGUAAACUGGAUGGUUGAACACAAGGGUAAUAAUUGAGGAUUAAUAUCUUCUUUGUUUGUUUGCUUCAGCAAAGAUCAGCUUCCUCUGAUGACAACAAAAACAGAUUUGAAGAAAAUAAUGACUAGUUUUUAAGCUUCAGAUUGUAUUUAUUUUGAAAUGACCGUAAUCUGACCGUCACUGCAGCAUAAUCACAGAUUAAACGCCUUUGAAAGAGAUUAUCAGUAAAACGUUUGGAGCUAAGAUUCACCACACCAGCCUUCAAAUGAAAUAAUUAGUUGUUUGUUUUGAGCACAAGAAAAGUUUCAUUCUUGAUCUCCGUGGACCAAAUUAGUGAAACUAACGAGGUAUUUUGGAAUGACUUUGGAAUGGCUUGAUCUCCUGGGAGAAGCUGGUUUUGGAGUAAACAUGAAGCAGACCCUCUACUGCACGAGUCGGAGCAUCGGGUGAGCCGAUUCACUUCUGCAAAUGCUAAAAGUGAUGAGUUGUAACUCAAAGAUCGAAGAGCUUUUAAUCAGACCUCCUAACAGACGAUUUCAACUAUGUCUUCUCUCCAGACUGUGUUGAACAGCUCUGCCAUCAUUCACCCUCCAGGCUUCUACAUCACUGGAUUUGAGUCUUUUCCUUUAAUCAGCACAUACUUCAUCUUCAUGGCGUUUGUUUAUGUGUGCACGGUGCUGUUUAACUCUCUGCUCAUCUACAUCAUUGCUGUUAAUCAUUCUUUACCCACUCCCAGGUUCUUGGUCAUUGUCAAUCUGUUGGUGGUGGAUCUGUUCCUGAACAAGUGCACCAUACCUGGCAUGAUAAAGAUUUUUCUCAUCAAAGAUAACUUUAUUCCUUUUAAUCUGUGUUUUGCCCAAAUGUAUAUUUAUUACGUAUUAGCAGAGCUGGAAUCCAUCGCACUCACCAUACAUGCUUACGAUCGGUUGAUUGCCAUUUGUUUCCCUUUAAGGCAAAACUCAGUCAACACAGUGCGGAGGAUGGUUGGUAUCAUCAGCAUCACCUGGUGUUUCUGUUUGGGUUCCACUGCAUUUGUCACAAUUAUAAUGACUCAACUGUCCUUUUGCAAGUCUGUGCAAGUGUUCAGUUAUUUUUGUGACUAUGCACCUGUGUUUCGACUUGCCUGUAACGACUACUCCUUGCAGUGGACUGCAGCAUCCGUCCUCUCCAUGUCCCUCCUCGGAGGUCCCUUCACUUUCAUUCUCUUGACCUACGUCAGCAUCCUGGUGACCGUGUUCAGGAUGAAAUCUGUGGAUCAUCGACCAAAAUCCUUGGCCACUUGCGUGGAGCAUAUUAUUGUUGUUGCUGUGUUUUACAUCCCUCUGUUUGUUAUUUUCAAUAUUGGGUUUUAUGUAGGAGCGGUGGACCCAGACCAGAGGGUUCUGAGCCUGUCCCUGGCCUCCUGCAUCCCUCCUUGUAUUAAUCCCGUUGUCUAUUCUUUGAAAACCAAAGAGAUCAAAAUCAGAGCAAUGGUGCUGUUUAGAGUAAACAGAGUUAAUGCAAACAAAUGAUGAUAAAAAACACUAAAGAAGACCACAGAUUUUAAAACUUCAUGCAAGUUCCUCCUAUGUGAAGAUCAGAAUGAAAAAGUCUUUGAUUUCUUUGUCUUUUGAACAGAGAACGGUGCAUUUUCUUCAGUGUAGUUCCAACUUUCUACUUUCAGCUACCACUACAAGAAACUCAUGCUGUACAUAAUAAUUUCCAGUUGAACUUUAGGAAGAUCCGUUCUGCUAUAGCUGUAGAUUACUGAAUAGAAGCAACGCUGUUUUUCUCGUUUUCUUUAAAUUUUUUUAAUAUUAAACAUUUUUUAGGUACACCCUAUAUACAGUAGAGCAUCUAUCAUACUAUAAUAUAAUACAAAAAAUAAUUUUAUCCAAAAUUUACCAACACAAUAAAAAAUAUCUAUAACUGAAUUCUGAUCCUUUUUGUGUUUUAAUACUUUUAAAUAUGAGAAUUUGCUUCAAAAAAGCUAUUUACAUACCUAAAGUGCGCAAGAAGGAUUUAACUGUAAUUAACAAUUUUAU